AUGGCAGCCACAUUUAAAUCACGCCUAGAACCUGACUUAUCAGACCCCGGCGUAUCGCAAAGUCCUGAUCAUCAUCAUUACAUGAAUGGGUAUCCUUGCAUCAAAACAAAUGGAUCUUUGGUUCGCUCCUUCUCGACUGAGGAAAGCGAAAUAUCUGGAUUAAAUGGAGGACAUACUAUUGAUCGAGAUAUUGAUUUCGACGACUGUUCACCUUCUCUCAAGGAUGUUGAGAUUCUACUUAGAGGAUAUUCUCAAUCUCCCUUUGAACAUGAGGAAGAACAUGGACAAGAUAUAGAUGAUGAUGACGACUUUGCAGAAAAUGGCUCCUCCCCCAUUCUCCUAUCUGAAUGUCCCGAAUUUCAGGCUUAUCUCCAACCAUUUGAGACUUCAAAUGUUAACAAUGAUAUUGAUGAAGACGAAAUUGUAUUUGGAUUUAAGUCUCACCGUAAUGGCAAUUCAUCGAAAGACAAGAGAGAAGAUGAAGACGCUUUAUGGGAACUUAUUGAGGCCGAGACUGAAGCCUUAUGCUUAUCUGAAGAAGGAUUAGUUCGUUUACAGAGCCAUAACGCCCCCCAAUCUCCAGGAAAGUUCCCAUUAAAGGUAAUACCAUUUGUGAAUAUAUUUGCUUCUUUUGCAUUGCUACGAAAAUGUCCCAUGAACUUUGUUGAUAAGACUCCCACUUAG